AUUUCAGACUAAAUGUUUGCUACAGCCUCAGACUGUAAAUGUGUAUAAAACUACAAUGAGAUUUAACAUUAUAGAGCAAUUAAUACUGCACUAAUGUAAACCUUGUUAUAAACCUAACUUUAGCAGUUUGGUAGUUUUUAUAACUUUUUAGGUACUAUUCAUUUAUUAAUAGAACAUAUAUCUUGAACAUAAGUGAGUAAAGUACAGCAAGUUCACUUAACUAUCCACAACUUCUGGGAGAUUUUAAGCAGAAUUCAAUUAUCUUGUAAAGUUAAAAGACCUGCAAUAAAAUAAACCUACUGUUUGAGCACUCUUACUGUUCCACCUGUGUGGAGAUGAGAGAAGAAACACAGACAAAGGAGUGGAUGGAUAGCAGGAAGAAAAUAUUUUCCAGUUUUAGAGAACAAAACGUUCAAUCAUGGAGAGAGAGACUGGACUCCUGUGAACCCUGCCCCACUUUCUUCCAGGUUUUUAGGAUAAACACAGGAGAAUGUGCUUCUAAAUCCUUUCAGCAAUUUUUUAAUCGGCUCUUCUGGGUCGGGCAGGUAGAGAGAGAGAGAGAGAGAGGAUAGGGAGAGAGUUCAGCCCUGAAAACAAUAGAUACUUUUACAUUCUUUGAGCUCUGAGAAGUUCAUAAAUGUUACAACACUCACAUACACACUCAGAGAGACACAAAAUUGGGUCUUUCCUGCUUGAAAUCUAUCCAGAAAUGGGAUAGUCUGUGAUUUGAAAUGCUCCAUUUCUCAGCAGCCAAACACUCUGUUCCCCCCACACAAUCAUGUGCUUCCAAAAGAUUAUGUUUAGGGCCUCUGAAACCCAAAUCUUUGUGUUGCCAAGUCAUUUUCACAAUUUUGGUAUGCUCAUUUAAAUGCAUAGGAAUGUGUAGUUUAAUCCACUUCACUUGUCAAAGGAAUUCAGAAAAUCUGAUUCUGUAUGUCAUGGUUUUAAUCAUGAGCACACCUCACUUGUUUACUUUAGCUUUGGCAAAUAGCGCAGAAAAGUUGAAAGUGAAAUAUGCUCAAUAUUUCACAGUUGUUGUGAAGACAUAUUUUAACUUCAAAACACUACACACUAACUAAACAAAUGUCAAAUCUGACAUUAUGUGUACGUGUCUGUUUCACGUGUCACUUUUUUUUAGACUUGUCAUCCUUGUAUGGUACACAACAUGAAUUUGUUUUCUUCCUCUUCUCUUGUUUUUGCUGAGUGUGUUUUUGAACAUAAAAACAACCCACUCAGUUCUCAGGGGAAAAGAAACCAGAGUCAAUUUGACUGAUGUUGCAGAUAAACUUUGUGCUCAUGCAUCUCAUGUUGAUUUCAUAUCGUUAAAAAAUACUCCUUCAGCAGAGUGCAGAGAUAUGCCUCAUCAAUUGUACUCAUAUCAGGACAGAUGCACUUGUAAUUAUGUAAACAAACACUGGUCAGGCUAUGAUUCACACUGGACACACCAGGGCACACACUUGACUGCCAGUGCAUUUGACUGAACUACAGGACCUGUAUUUAGUAAAGGAGCUGUGUCCUCAGCGAUGCCCGGGUGUUUAUUGACAGUCAAUGUCCUGAGGAGUGAGGUUCACUACCUGGCUUGCAUAGAAGGGCAGCUAUAUGAUGAGGCCUACAAUCGACCCUGUCUACUAGAAAUUAUGUUUGUAUGCUACUACUGUAACUUGUAAUAUCAAAUACAUUUUCAGAGAAAUGUAAUGCUGCCCAGAUUAAAUUUUUUUUUUUUUUUUAUCAACACAAUCAGAAAAUGUUGUGAAUGAACAUAUCAUUCAAGUCGCAAAAUCUUGGUACCGAAUGAAUCAGUAAAAUGUUCACUGACAAUGUAUUUUAUUAGUUUCGCCUACAAUAUUCGCUCUUGCAGUGCAAUAUCUUCUCAUAGUAACUAAAGCAUUAUUAAACUUUUUUAUGGUUAUGUUCAGGCACUCACAGCACUAAGGGCAGGUUAGUGAAAGAUCAUGAUUUCUGUUGAAUGUUAAUAAACAAAGUGUCUAGUGCUUCAAGGCACUAUGGACUAACACAAUCUUUCUUUAACCUUAAUCAAAGUGCUUCUGUUGCCUAAAUCCAACCACAGACAGGACUCAGGAUGCGCCGGUCUCUGGUGUCAAGGUCCUGUGCUUUGUACACCCACCUACCACCCCCGCCGUUGCUUGUGAGCAUAAUCCAGACAGCAAUUAUGUUUAGUGAUUCCACGCAAUUGGGAAAACAAUUUAGUAGUAUAGAAACGUAAUUUCUAGGAGACAGGGUUUCAUUCAUUUGUCAUGAAUGGGAAUGAAGUUGGUUAAGUGGCAUGUAAGAGUAUGUGAAGGCAAUUCAUUUUAGUUUUUAGGACCACUUAAAAACAAAUCACUCAUAUUUGGACUGAAACACAAGCAGUGAAACUAGGGAACAAACAGGGUUAAAAGCAACUAGUCUAACAAUUAGAGAUAAUUACUGUCCACUAAACGCUAAGAUUAGCUAGGCCCUGACCAGCACUCCAAAGGUCCCUCCCUCACAGUCAAUCAUGGGGUUCACUUACAAAACAAGAAAAUUCAAGUGACUCCUGAAUAGUGGUUAGCUAGUCAAAUAGGACACAACAAAUUAAGAGAACUUUGGCACAUUUGUCUUCUUUUGGUAGAGGCUAACUGUGUCUCCACACCUCCUACAACUGCACCAAGCUAACACGUCCCAGACCAGUCUCCACUGAGUGCAUAGAGACUAAAUUGAUAUCAACCUCCCAUACAACUUCUGCAUCCUCUCCUCAUCAUUGACAAGAGCUGUAAAUACAAUAAUAACUUUGUGUCCUGAGGAGCAAGCGUUGGUGAGAGCUCUUCCACAAUGAGAGACCGCUUGGAGGAAUUACAGCAGAGGGCUCAAGAGUUUUCUGAUGCAGCAACUGAGAAUACCAACCCUUUCCCAGCGGAGGGUGAUAAUGAUGACUCUGCCGUGGUCGGGGUCAUAACGCCACAGGCUGUGGUGUUUGAGGAGGAGCCAGUUGUUGAGAAUUUCCUGUCAGAGGUUCAGCAAAUCCGAGAUGACAUCACAGUGCUGGACACAGAAGUCCUUAAGUUUACCCAACAGCAGAAGACACUGGUUGCAACCAUGCGUCGUUUCAGUGUAAUGAAGAAGGAGAGCAGCAUAACCCGGGACAUCAAGCUACGAGCAGAAAGCCUCCACCGACGUUUAGAUGCUCUUUCAAAACAGGUCCAAAGAACUGAAGACCAGCAGGGACCAACUGCUGUUACAACAAGAAUACAACGCUCCCAGUAUGCAGCUCUUUACCGCAAAUUCCAGCAGGUAAUGCGACAGUAUAAUGAAGGUCUGCUGACCAAGCAGGAGUGCUGUAAGCACUUCAUUAUCCGGCAGCUGGAGGUAUCAGGAAGAGACGUAACAGAGGAGGAGGUGAAUGAGAUGGUUGCCACAGGAAAAUGGGAGGUCUUCAAUGAGAACCUGCUAAAUGAUGCCAAAAUCACACGGUCACAACUAUCUGAGAUCGAACAGCGGCACAAGGAGCUGUUGAGCCUGGAGAACAAUAUGAACGAGCUGAGGGACCUCUUCAUGGACAUUUUCAUGUUGGUGGAGGAACAAGGGGCUUACAUCGAACACAUCCAGACCAGCGUAGAGAGGACACAAGAUUAUGUGGCAGCGUCUAAUGAAAAGUUCAAGAUGGCUGCCAGGUACAAGAAGAAGAACCCACUUCGACAGCUGUGCUGCUGCUGCUGCCCUCCCUGGAGAUGCUGCUUAUAAAAUAGCAGUUUCCAAGAAAUGGAUAUAUUGGCUGAUAUACAUUUUGUACCUCAAUGGUCACUCCAAAUAACUUUUUAUUUCAAACAUUUCACUUACCUGUUGGGAGUAAGCAACGUUGGAUUCAAGUACCAUUAAAGUGAAGGUUAUGGUACUGCAGUUUUUGCUGUUGAACAGAGCCACGGUGAAGACAGAUUCAGCAGAGCAUAGAAAACAAUUCGGGGGAAAGGCCAGAAUUGGUAUUUGAGGCACUUGUUUCUUUCAAGUGGAUGUGAAGCGAUUGCUAUUGGAAGAGACAGUUCAGUGAGUGCUACUCACCAACACUGCUGCUUAUUGGAGACCUUCACUGUCAUCUGACAGAGGUCACAAACAAGGGGAGACCACUACCUCUGUAACUGCCAGUGCUAGAUCAGCAAGACUGAUAUUUCACUUUUUUUUUCUUUCAAAAGAGCCUCUCAUCUUUUUUCUGCCACAGGAACUCUAGUUAAUGACCACUUUUUUUAUAUAGUACAUGCACUUUUUUCUCACAGCAGAAUCUCAAAUUUAGUGUAGCACAGAAUCAUUCUCUUUCAGUCGUGACAUAUUCAUUUCAUUUGGUCCACAUACUGAUGAACUUGUUUUACAAUUAGACAUUAGUCUCAUUUGCAUUUCAAAGUCUGAUCAUUUUCAGUGAAAAAAUAUAAUUCAUUUAUCCAAUUUCAGAGGCAGAGAUUCAAGUAAAACUUUAAAUAAGCCUAGAUGAAAAUAUUUCUGUCAUGAUGACAAAACUGGAGAAAAUCACUGAAGUCAUAUGCCUGCUUGAAUGGUUUGUUUAAAAAUAAGAUGGAAGAUUUGGAGUCCUACAUUUAAGGAAAUAUCUUAUUUUAUCUAAAUAUGUUGUAUAUUGGAGUGGAACUUCAAUUUAUAAUUCAGUUAGAACUGUUACAUUGUUUAGAUGAAAAAUCCUGGCAUUCACAUGUAUCAUUAUUAUUUAUAUCAUUAUGUUGCACAUAAAGGGAGCCAUGGCUCUAAACUGGAUGGGAAGUUCUUGCCUGGGGGAGUACCAGCAGUAUUGAUUAAAAUAUUGGGAAUAUGAUGUAUAACUGAGAAAUAAACCAACACCUGUUAACAGGUAAUCGUCUCCUGUUUCAACUUUUACUUACUGUUGAGCUGAAAACACCAACUCAUUGUUCCUUCUAGGAUACUGACAAAGAAAUAACAA